AUGUCAAAAAUUCAAUCUAUUUCUUCAGCAAGUUCGAUUGUUGAAAAUCCUGAAAUUAAUCAUUAUGAUGAAAAAUAUGUUUCUUCAAAAAGCCUUGGUGAUGAAGAAAAUAAUAUUGAAUCAAAACAAUUAAGUGAUGAUUCAGAAUCUCAAGCCAUUGGAAGUCAAAAUGAUUUAUCAAUGAUUCAAAAAUUAAAAUCAAGAUUCCCUUGGUAUAAAUUAACUAUCCAUAUCUUUACUGGUUGUUUCUUUACUUCGUGGUGGUUAUCAAUCAUUAUUCAAAAGAAACAUAGACAUCAAUGGUUAAUUCCCACUGUAUUUUGGGGUAUGAUUAUGGUUAGAUUAAUUACCUGGCAUUGCAGAAUCUUACCAUGGGCUUUAUCUAAAGUUAAAAUCGUAUGGGAUUAUGUUACUGAUAUCAUUUAUGAAAAACUCUUUCCUCAAAGAUAUCAAAGAUUAUUAGUUGGUGCAUCAAUCACUAUUGCGGUGGUAUUAUUAGGUACUUUUAUUCCAAGUGAAACUGAAUAUAGUAAAAGACCAGAUCGUGCUAUUUCAUUCUUUGGUUGUCUUGUGGCUAUGUUUUGUUUAUACGCUACUUCCAAUAAUCGUAAUAAAAUUCAAUGGAAUACCGUCAUUGGGGGUAUGUUAAUGCAAUUCAUUGUUGCCUUAUUUGUUUUAAGAACUAAAUGUGGUUAUGAUAUCUUUAAUUUCAUUUCUACUUUAGCCAGAGAAUUAUUAGGAUUUGCUAAAGAUGGGGUUGCUUUCUUAACUAGUACUGAAGUUAGUCAAUUAGGUAUGUUCUUUUUCACCGUCUUACCUGCUGUUGCAUUCUUCGUUGCUUUUGUUCACAUUUGGUAUUAUUUUGAAGUGAUUCAAUGGUUUAUUGGUAAAUUUGCUUACUUUUUCUUCUGGACUUUAAGAGUUUCUGGUGCUGAAGCUGUUACUGCUGCUGCCUCUCCUUUUAUUGGUAUUGGUGAAAGUGCUAUUUUAGUUAAAGAUUUCAUGCCUUACUUAACCAAAGCUGAAUUACAUCAAAUUAUGACUUCGGGAUUUUCAACUAUUUCGGGUUCUGUUUUAGUUGGUUAUAUUGGUUUAGGUCUUAAUGCUCAAGCUAUGGUUAGUUCUUGUGUCAUGUCUAUUCCUGCUUCAUUGGCUAUUUCAAAAUUAAGAUAUCCAGAAACUGAUGUUCCAAUUAGUACUGGUAAAGUCGUGAUGCCAAAAUCUUUAGAUGGUGAAAAACCUCAAAAUGUGUUACAAGCUUUCUCUCAAGGUGCCACUUUAGGUUUAAGAAUUGCAGGUACUAUGUUAAUUCAAUGUAUGUGUAUUAUUGGAUUAGUUGCUUUGAUUAAUGGUAUCUUGACUUGGUUUGGUAACUUUUGGAAUAUUGAUAAUUUGACUUUAGAAUUGAUCUUUUCAUACAUUCUUUAUCCAGUUUCUUUCUUAUUAGGUACUCCAAGAAGUGAAAUCUUACAUGUUGCUAAAUUGAUUGCCACUAAAUUUAUUCAAAAUGAAUAUGUUGCUUAUAACAUGUUAAUUACUGAAGCUCCAUACAAUGAAAUGUCUAAGAGAGGUACUUUAAUUGCUACCUAUGCUUUAUGUGGUUUCUCUAACUUAGGUUCAGUUGGUAUCACUUUAGGUGUAUUGAACACUUUAACCAAUAACUCAAGAGCUAAAGAUAUUGCAUCUUCUGUCAUUUCUGCUUUGAUUUGUGGUGGUAUUUCUACGUCUAUCUCUGCCGCCAUUGCUGGUAUGCUUAUGCAUGACUUGAAUGAAUUCCAUCUUGGUUAA